AUGUACACCAACACUGUCCUCAGCACCCUCGCCGCCGCCGGCAUGGCCUCGGCCUACGUGCCUGCACGCCGCCAGGAGACCAACGGCACCGUCACGACCACCACGGUCACCGAGGUCGUCUCCGAGCUCGCCACCUGGUGCCCUGAGCCUACCAACUAUGUCACCUGGGAGGAGAAGGUGUACACCGUCGAGGGCCCCACCUGGUUCACAAUCACGGACUGCCCCUGCACUGUGACUCGCACCACCGAGUGCGCCGGAAAGCCCACCCCUCACCCCUGGACUCCUGAGCACCCCGGCCACGGCGGCCACUACCCCCACGGAGAGUGCCACGACGGUCACUACCCCGACGGCAAGCCUUGCCACGACGGCCACUACCCUCACGGUCACGGAGAGUGCCACGACGGCCACUACCCCGACGGCAAGCCUUGCCACGACGGUCACUUCCCUCACGGUCACGGAGAGUGCCACGAUGGUCACUACCCCGACGGCCAGCCCUGCCACGGUCACGUCAAGCCCGUCCACCCUCACUACCCCGGCCACCACGAAGAGUGCCACGGCGGCAAGUACCCUGACGGCAGCCCCUGCGACGACGGUCACUACCCUCACGGAGAGUGCCACGACGGCCACUACCCUGACGGCAAGCCUUGCCACGACAACAUGAAGCCGGUUCACCCCGAGUACCCUGCUGGCCCCGGCAAGUACCCCGGUCAGUGCCACGGCGGCAAGUACCCUGACGGCAACACCUGCCACGGCGAGCCCCGCUACCCCGACGGCUGCGUCGACAGCAAGUACCCCGAUGGCCGUGAAUGCCACCCGCUGUACCCCGUGUACCCUGCCGACUGCCACGAGGGCAAGUACGCCGACGGCCGUGAGUGCCACUCUGCCUACCCGGAGUACCCUGCCGAGUGCAAGUACGCUCUGUACCCCGACGGCAAGCCUUGCGAGCCCAUCCACCCCGAGUACCCCGCCGAGUGCCACGGCGGCAAGUACCCCGACGGCCGCGACUGCCUGCCCGUCUACCCCAACGUUCCCCCCCACGGUCCUGAGGUUCCUGAGAAGCCCGUCUGCGACGGCCCCGACUGCGGCAAGCCCCAGCCCCCUCCCCACAACAACAAGCCCGUCUGCGACGGUCCCCACUGCGAGAACGACGGCAACAAGCCCGCCUGCUACGGCCCUGCCUGCGAGGCCAGCGCCACCCUCCCCCACGUCCCAUACCCCACCGGCGACCACGUCGAGGUCAACGGCGCCGCCUCGCUCCAGCAGGGCCUGCUGUGCGCCGGCAUGGCCAUCGCCGCCGUUGCCACCGUCUUCGGCGCCGCCGGCUGCUAA